CGGAUAGCCGGUCGCCGUCGUAGGCGUGCACGGUGGAGAUGGCGGAGCGGGUUCCCGGGCUCUUCGUGGAGGGCAUCAGGACAGCUCUGGAAGCUUGGCCCGCCUACCAGGAGCCUGAUGGUUAAGGGUAAUGACUGUUCCUGAACCUGGUGGUGUGAGUCCUGAGUCUCCUGUACCUACUCCCUGAUGGCAGCAGUGAGAAGAGAGCAUGUCCUGGAUGGUUGGGAUCCUUGAUGAUGCAUGCUGCUUUCCUGUGACAACGUCACAUACAUGGGAUCUUGGAGAUUUUUGUAUAAAUUGGUGGCCCUGGAGAAUGGAUUCGGGGGAGCUCACGGCCAACAGAAAGCAGCCUGGAUGGUGACGGCAGUCGAGCAGUAUUUCUAUGACAACGCUGACCUGGAGAGCGAGGAGGUGGAGGAGCUGUUGGCGGACAUUCUGGAUAAUGAGUUCGACACGGUGGUAGAGGACGGCAGCCUAUCCGAGGUGGCUCACCAGAUCUGGAGCACCUUCGCCCUGUGCCAGAGGGGUCAGGAGUCGGAGGUGAGGGCUCGCAUCCAGCAGCUGGUGGAGAGGCGGAACCGUGUGCGGGUGGAAGUGGUGCCGGCCCGAAGGCCCGGGGAGGAAGCCGCUGAAGAGGACAGUGAGGAGGAGGAGGAGGACGAGGAGGAGGAUGGAGCAGAGGCCAUGGACUGCGACAGCCAGGCAGCUCCUGAGCCGAGAUCCCUCUGCCCAGUGGCAGCCGAGAGGCCGAGCGAAGAAGAGGAUCCUGAUGGCUGGACUGUGGUGCGGCGGAGAAGGAAGUAGGCGGUGAGCGGAAUUUGCUCCCCGUGUGCCUCCGUGGCUUGGAAAGACUCUUUUUUCCCCCAACAACCCUGCCCCUGCAGCGGGAGUUCCCUGUGAUCAGCCUGGAAAAGAUGGGAGUCAGAAACUCUAACUGCACAGCCUCACAACGGAGGCAUUUGCACAGUCGCAGAGCCUUCCAGGAGUCUGUCACUGGAUUCCCUUCUUCCUGUGUUUAAACACUUCCUCGUUGCAGUAAUCAGUCACUCCGUACCUUGUGGACUGAAGCUCCAGUUCCCAAUCCACCACCUUUAACGUACUCGGAAACAAAUUGCAUUCUCCGACCGGCCGUGGCGCCUCAGUGGGAGUUCUUCACUGGUGUUGAGCGAGACACAGCCCCAGAAACGGGCGCAGAGGGAGAGGUGGGCAGAGCAGAUGGCGUCCAACCCCUGGACAUCAGCACCAACGUCCGCCUGUUCCCUGUCCAGUAGACAUCCAGUUCUGUCAGCGAAGCAGAGCAGCUGAAUUCAAGCCAACCUUUUUUUUCCCCUGAUGAACUUGACUGCCACACUUCUGUGUGUCAUCCCUGGGAGGCCCAGGUUGAACUUCUUGUAAAUAAGAAAGCAAAUGAUCAAAAACAAUUCUAGGGAGAUUUGUGUACCAGUUGGGAAUGAGACUCUUGUUUGCAAUUAAGUUCUCUGCUGAAUAGAUUUUGGAAUUGAUUCAUUUUAUUGUUAAUAAAAUAACUUUGGUAAUGGUAUUGUGAAACAACGAGAUU